AUGGCUGGAGGUGGAGGUGGAGGUGGAGGUGGAGGCGGGGGAGGUCCGAGACAGCUAGAUCAGACCCCGACUUGGGCCGUCUCUACUGUUUGUGGUGUUAUCAUAUUGAUCUCCAUUAUUUUGGAACUCAUCAUUCACAAAGUCGGCGAGGUUUUCGAGAAAAAGAAGAAGAAAGCCUUGUUCGAAGCACUUGAGAAGAUAAAAAAUGAGCUCAUGGUUUUGGGAUUUAUUUCUCUGCUUCUAACAUUUGGCCAAAACUACAUUGCGAGUAUAUGUGUUCCGUCAAGAUACGGCCAUGCGAUGUCGUUUUGUGGUCCAUAUGAUGGGCCUAGUGGUGAUGAUAAGAAGCUUAAGAAAACAAACCACGCAAUGAUUAUUUUCUCCGCUCACCGUCGUUCUUUGGCCGACGCUGCUCCAGUGAACUGCAAGGCUGGUUAUGUACCGCUUAUAUCUUUAAACGCAUUACAUCAAGUGCAUAUUUUCAUAUUCUUUCUGGCCGUGUUCCAUGUGAUAUACAGUGCCAUAACCAUGAUGCUUGGAAGAGCCAAGGUUCAUUUGGCACCUGGUAUGAAGUUUAAUUUUCAAAAGUACAUCAAAAGGUCGUUGGAAGACGACUUCAAGGUGGUGGUGGGAAUAAGACCUGAGCUAUGGGCCUUUGUAAUGCUCUUUUUACUCUUUGAUGUACACGGAUGGUAUGUUACUGCCGUAAUCACCAUGGUUCCUCCACUGUUAACACUAGCCAUAGGAACAAAGCUUCAAGCCAUUAUAUCAUACAUGGCACUGGAGAUUCAAGAGAGACAUGCAGUAAUUCAAGGGAUGCCUCUUGUCAAUGUCUCCGACCAACAUUUUUGGUUAGGCAAACCCGCUCUUGUCCUUCAUAUGAUCCACUUUGUUCUAUUCCAGAUGGGAUCGACGAUGAAGCGAUCAGUGUUCGAUGAACAAACUUCAAGGGCAUUAGAACAAUGGCAUAAGAAGGCGAAGAAAAAGAAUGAAAAAUGA